AUGGAGCGCCACGGUUCCUCUGCACCGGCCAGGAUGCCGCCUGCCGACCCGCCUGUGGACUCGCCUGAGCCUGACGCAAACGCAAAUGCAGACGCAGACGCAGACGCAGCAGAGAUAGACGCUGGACAGCCGCCAUCCUUCAUCUCGGCCCUGCGAGAACUCGCGAGCCCUGUCAACCAGGACGUCCUUAACCUGGCCGCGACGCUGGGCCGCCGUUCCGCCGACGGCAACCACGACAGUAGCGACGACGAUAGCGACGACGACAACGACAACGACUACAACAACGACAACGACAACGACUACAACAACGACAACGACAGCGACAUCGGCCUCGCCAUCACCAUCACCCAGGGCCCCGCCACCCGCCCGCAAGUAUUGCACAACGCCCAACAGCAGGAAUACGACGACCUGCGCCGUGUGCAAGAGCACGACCAACUGUGGCUGCAUCGCGUCAUGAGCCGCCUCAGCCGCCUGAGCGACAACACCACCACCACGGCUGCCUAUGGUGACCGUGUGCCCAACCAGAACAGCCUGUACGACUGGUCGCCUGCCAACGAGGCCGCCCGUGACGACGCCGACAACGACGACGUCGAAGACGACCCCAACAACAGCAACAACAACAACAGCAACAGCAACAACGACCUGCUGGAGCACAUCCUCGCCGAGCUGCGCCGCGAACAGCCCAACACGCCAUCCGAAAUCCUGCGCGUACUGGGACAAUCACAGCUGGACUCGGACAGGGCACGCAUCCUCUCCUUAGCGAACCGGCUGCAGAAUCCGACCCCGGGCGCAGGCAGCGCGGGCGGUGCGGGCGAGUCGCUGCGGUCGACGGCCAUACUGCAGUCGGUGCGCAGACACCCACGCUUCUCUGCGCGGACGAGGGAGUACUUGCAGCGCCAUCAGACCGACCGACACCAGGCGGCGGCGGCGGCCAGUCGAAACAGCCAGCAGGGCGACGAGGCGGCGCGUUCCCCAACUAUGCAGCGACUGUCUGAAGGCCGGUUCUCGCUCGACCGCGAGAGGCGGGACAUGCUAUCGAGAGCAGAUUCGUAUAGAAGAGGCUACCUCGACCGGACGUCCACGCAUGCCACGCCCCCCGCGCCCACGGUAUCCUCCGUGCUCGAGCACACGGUCAAGUACCUCUCGCGCAUACGCCACUCCAACUCGAUUGACGACAGCCUCAACUGUGCACUCGAUGCGGGCUUCCUGAGCAAGGACUACUUCAGCCCCGACACCGACUUCAUCACAGAUACUUCCGUAAUCCCCCAGCCUGCAGAGACAUCAUGGCUCACCCCUGGCGCCGUGCUCUCCGGCUCCCCCCCGCUGCCGGCACCUCCAACGCCCUGCACCGGUUACGCCUUCUCGACGAGCUCAGGCAGCGCACCCCCUACCACUCUCCCCGCACUCCCUCCACCGUCCCGCCCCUGGAUCUCCAACCCCUACGCCACCACCCGCAGUCCCUCGCAACGACUCGCUGAGUCCCAACAGCCGUCCAAACAUCAAGACCCCUGGCCGGUCAAAGUCACCAUCCACGCCGUAGACUGGGAGAAAAUGUCCCUCUCUGCCACCAUGAAAGCGUAUAACGUACCUUCGCCACCCCACACCCACCAGUCCAUCCUCGGCACCUCUUCCUUGGUCUCACAGACACCUUCGAAUCCAUCCAGCAUGCGCACCUCAAGCGUAACCACCUUCCUUGAAGGCGAAAUUCUCGACUUCAACACCCACACUCUCCUUACCGAGUCCUUCAAAUCCACACCUGCUAAUGAUGCAACCUACUGGCGCAAACUGCCCCCCUUUGCCAGCAUGAGCGACGAAGAGAUGGUGCGCGCACUGACGAGUCGGCGCUGGUUUGAAGAAGUCUUGGGUCGAGAGUGGAUCCUCAUGCGGUGGAAGGAACGAUGUUUCGUCAAGAGUCUGAAUAAGUGUUCUGCGAAUCCCGACUUCCAAGCGCCUCAAAGCACAACGACAUCGACGUCGUUGGGCGGCAGAGCCUGGCCCUUGUCCCAAUACACGCAUCCGCCUCCCUCUACAUCCUCUUCAUCAUCAACAUCGACAUCAACACCACAGCCCCGCAUGCCCGCCUCGCCCUACCGCAUAGUCCGCAACUCCCAAACGGGCCGCGCCGAAGUCGAGAUCUCGCAGUCGCUUCUAGCCAAUGACCUAUCAGAGGAAAUGAGUGGUGCUCGUAGCAACAAUGAUGCAGAACACGCUACGUUUGAUGAUAGCGGUUGUGGCCUUACAAUUAGUGGCUUUUAUUAUGUCUGUCUCAGGCGCAGUGAUGGCGCAUUGGAGGGGCUGUAUUAUGAUCCGCAGACUAGUCUUUAUCAAUGUUUGAGGUUGGAGAGUCUGAAGGGUGGGGUUAGGGGUGCUUGGGCAUUUAGAUGA